AUGUGGUUUUGAACUUUCAACAGUUUUAGACGUUUUAGAACAUAGUGCAGGAUACCUUGGUCUAGAGUUUAUAACAUUCGAAUUUAAAAUAAGAAUUUAGAGUUUAAAUAAUUUAUUUCAAAAGUUAAUUACAAAUAAAAAUGGAAGAUACAGCUCGAGUGCUGCUGACUAGAGUAACAAAACGUAGAUUGUCUGCUGCUUCAGAAGAUUCAAAAACAGAUGUUACAGAUACUCCAACCGCUGUUAGGAGAAGUACACGUAGAUUAUCAACAACAUCGGAGGAUACAAAAGUUGAGGAGGCACCACCAAAAAGUGUACGAAAAACCACACGUAGAUUAUCAACUGCUUCAGAAGAUCCAAUCUUAGAAGAGACCCCAAGUAGUGUACGAAAAAGUACACGUAGAUUAUCGACGGCUUCAGAUGAUCCUAUUGUUGAAGAGGUCCCAACUAUACGAAAAAGUACACGCAGAUUAUCGACAACUUCAGAAGAUCCUAUCGCAGAAGAAGUACCGAAUAGCUUAAGAAGAAGUUCACGUAGUACUUCCGUGUUGCAACGUAAUGUUUUGGAGGAAAAACCUGCCACACCAAAACGACGUCUUACCCGACGUAAUUCUGAUGUAUCCGAUCCUGGUACAGUUAGCUCUCCGUCAGUAGGAGCGCGUCAACUUCGGUCACGAAAAACUUUCUCAGAUAAUGAAGAAACUGUUCAAACGAGUUCAACUCCAGUAAAAAGACGUGAAAGCCGUAGAUUAACAAACAUCAUAGAUAAAGACGAAAACACAUUACAAACAAUUGAAGAGAAAGAAAACAUUGAAAAUCAUAGUUUAAUAUCAAAACCGUUAGAAGUAAUUAAAGAAGAUUUAAGAAAAUCUUUUUCAAGUAUGGAAAAUGAAAUUAUUAAUAACUUGGAGUCAAAUACACACGCAGAACCAUCUACUAGUCCCAAGAAAGAAUCUACGGCAAUAGAAGAUGAUAACUCUAAAUUAAGUACAGAGGUAUCGGAACCUAAGACUAGUGUAGAAAUUAAAGAUGAUAAAAACGAAAGUGUUAGUACUCCAAAAAAAGAAAUUGAUUGUGUAAUUCGAUCAAAUACUCCAAAAACUAACGAUCAAGAUGAAAAUAGUGCCAUAACUAGAUCCAAUACACCUAAAGUUGAGAAAGAAGAUGAAAGUAGUCUUAUUUUAGGAAACGAUAACGAUGAUAAAGCAUCAAAAAUCCAAGAAAAGUCUAACAGUAGUCCAAUAAAAGAAAAACUUAUCGAAAGUCCAAAAAAAGCUACUACUCUCAAUGAAAAACUUAAUGAUAGUAGUGGCAGUCCAAAAAAACAGAACAUUCCUAAAACACCACCUAAAGUAAAUGGCGAACAGAAAGUCAGUGGUAGCCCAAUCAUAGGAAGUGGUCGUAAAACACGAUCGAGUAUUUCAAAACUUAAUGACGAAGAAGAUAAUAAUGAGACUCCUAAAAAGGAAGCGGUCCGUGAAGAAGUCCAAUCCAAUUCUCCCAAGAAAGAAGACCCAAAAACUCAAGAUACUCCACAGAAAGAAAUUGAUCGUAAAACUCAACCCAGUACGCCCACAGUCGAUGAAGAAAAGAAAGUCGAAAGCAGCCCAAUCGUGGCCAGUGGUCGCAAAACACGAUCAAGUAUUUCAAAACUUAAUAACGAAGAAGAAGAUAUUAAAGAGCCUCCAAAAAAGGAAACGGUCCGUGAAGAAGUUCAUUCCAGUUCUCCCAAGAACGAAACCUCGAAAAUUCAAGAUACUCCACAGAAAGAAAUUGCUCGUAAAACUCAAUCCAGUACGCCCACAGUCGAUGAAGAAAAGAAAAUCGAAAGUAGCCCAAUCGUGGCAAGUGGCCGUAAAACACGAUCCAGUAUUUCAAGACUAAAUAGCGAAGAAGAAAUUGUUGAUACUCCCAAAAAGGAAACAAUCCAAGAACAAUCCAAUUCAUCUUCAGUCAAUGAAGAUCUGAAAAUUGAAGAUACCCCACAGAAAGAAAUUGGUCGCAAAAGUCAACCCAAUACACCUACAGUCAAUAAAGAACAGAAAAUCGACGGCAGCCCAAAAAUAGCUAGUGGCCGUAAAACACGAUCAAGCAUUUCAAGACCAAAUAGCGAAGAAGAAAUUUUUGAUACUCCGAAAAAGGAAACAGUCAAUGAAUACCAGAAAAUUGGAUAUUUCCCACGGAAAGAAUUUAAUCUUAAAUCUCAACCCAAUACACCUACUGGAAAAGAAGAACAGAAAUCCGAAAAGAGUCCAAAAAUCGAAAGUGGUUGUAAAACACGAUCAAGUAUUUCAAGACCAAAUAGCGAAGAAGAAAUUCUUGAUACUCCGAAAAAGGAAACAGUCCAAGAACAAUUCAAUUCAUCUACAGUUAAAGAUGAUCAGAAAAUUGGAGAUACUCCACAAAAAGAAAUUAGUUUUAAAACUCAACCCAAUACACCUACAGUCAAUGAAGAACAGAAAAUCGAAAGCAGUCCAAAAAUUGAAAGUGCCCGUCAAACACGAUCAAGUAUUUCAAAACUAAAUAGCGAGGAAGAAAUUGUUGAAACUUUAAAGAAUGAAAUAGUUCAAGAAAUUGGAGUGACUCCACAGAAAGAAGUUGGUGAAAAAACUCUACCCCAUUCACCUGUAGUUAAUGAAGAACAGAAAGUCGAUGUUAGUCCUAAAAUAGAGAGUGGCCGUAAAACACGAUCAAGUAUUUCAAAACUUAAUAGCGAGGAAGAAAUUGUUGAAUCUGUGAAGAAUGAAACCGCUAAAGAAAUUGAAGUAUCCCCACAGAAAGAAGAUGGUCAAAAAACUCAACUCCAUUCACCUGCAGUCAAUGAAGAACAAAAGAUCGAUGGUUGUCCAGAAAAUGUAUUUGAUCGAGUAACUCGACCGAAUACACCAAUAGUCAUUGAAGAGCAAAAAGUUGAAAGUGGACGUAAAACACGAUCAAGUAUAUCAAAACUUAAUGACGAAGAAAUUAUGGACACUCCGAAAAAAGAAACAGUUCAUGACGAAGACCAAUCGUCUUCAGUCAACGAAGAACAGAAAAUCGAAGAUAUUCCACAAAAAGAAACCGGUCGUAAAAUGGGCUCCAAUACACCUGUGGUCAAUGAAAAACAGGGAGUUGAAAGUAGCCCAAAAAUUGAAAGCGGGCGUAUAACACGAUCAAGUAUAUCGAGACUCAAUCAAGAAGAACAAUCUAGUGAUACUCCGAAAAAGGGAACAGUGAAAUCAGAAAGCAAACCCAGCUUAUCUACAGUCAGUGAAAACCAGGAGGAUAAAAAUACUCCCCAAAAAGAAAUUUCAAAAAUACCACCCAGUACACCUACAGUUACUGAAGAACAAACAAUUAGUGACAGUCCAAAGAAGGAAGGUGAAGCUAAAUGUCAACCAAGUACUCCAUUAAACAAAGAUUCUCCUCAGAAAGAAAAUAGUCGUAAAACACAAUCCAUUACAUCAACCAUUGAAGAAAAAGAAAGCACUCCACAAAAAGAAAGUGGCCGUAAAACACGAUUAAGUACAUUAGCUGCCAAUAAAGAACAGGAAAGUAGCGUUACGCCAACCAGAGCAACCUCGUCUAUAGUUAAUGAAGAAUCAAAAGUCGUCGACACUUCAAAGAACGAUAUUAGUGUUAAUUCGAAAAAGGAUAUUUCCGUAGAUGAUAGUGUUUCUAUAGAUACUCCACAAAAGAAAGCUUUCGGUCUUGAUAAAGAGGAAGUAGAAAGUGCACCACAAAAACGAAGUGCCCGUAAAACACGAUUGAGUACAUUAGCUGCCAAUAAUGAACAGGAAAGUAGCGAUACUCCAACCAAAGAAACCCCGUCUGUAGAUAAUGAAGAAUCAAUAGUGGCCGACACUUCUAAGAAAGAGAUAAGUGUUAAUUCGAAUAAGGAUAUUUCAUUAAAUGAUAGCGUUUCAGUAAAAGAAAGGGACAUAUCACCAAGUGUUGUACGAAUUAUACCAAGAAGAUCAAGAAAAAUUGAUUCACCAGUAAGUUCUACUUCGAAAUUAAUUGAACAGAAUGAAGAAGAAUCCUCCGAAGGUGAAAAACCAAAUUUAAGUAAGAAUAUUUUAUCACCAAUAACAAAUGUAAAAUCAUUAAAUCGAAAUUCACCAAAAUUAGGUACACCAAAAUCUAAAACAAUGGAAUUAAGAAAAAAACAAAAUAAUUCACUAUUAAAUUUUGUAUCGUCGACACCGACAGCUCUUAAAGGUCAUGUUGAAACUCACAGUGAUGAUUCAACAGAUUCGACAAAUAAUUUUACUUUAAAAAUGUCACCCGAAAAAAGUACUGACCAUUCUUCGCCAUCUCCUAAAGCAAUUGUAGAAACAUCGAAAAAACAAAACGAAAAUGAUUCAGAUUUGAAUGUUUCUGAUAAUGUUUUAGAAUUGAGAAAACGUUCGAUUAUCAAAUCAAGUCCACAAGUAACGCCAGAAAAGAAAAGUAAAGAAAAUAUACUUGAAAAUGAAGAAUCUCUUGAAGAAAGUGUGAAUUUAUUAAAAUCUUUUGUCAAUCUACCACAAAAUUCAGAUGCAGGUAUUGAGUCCGGAGAAAAUAAACAAGGAAAUAUUUCCAAACAAGAAAAAUUGAAUCAGUCUCUAGUGAAAUCCGAAGAAAAAGCAACAGACGCAGCAGAUGAAUCAACGGAUGUUGAAGAGAACAGUGAAAAUCAUUCAAAAUACAAGAAAAAGCAAAAAAGAUCUUCUAUUGUAAAUAAAAACAAAAAAAUGGAAAAUUCCAAAAUGAAAAACAACGAAGAAAGUGAAUCGACGGAUGAUGAAGAUAAUGAUAAAAAUCACAAAGAAAAUGAUAAUUCGAAAAAUAUUUGGAAGAAAAAGUGUAAAUUAGCAGUUCAAUCUGGUUUACCAGAUAGUGAUGAAUCAAGUGAACUUAGUGGAUAUUCCGAUAACAAUUCGAAAAAAUCAAAAAGAAAGCCUCAAGUAUCAGAAACAAGUGAUUCUGACAGCGAUAAUAAAAAUGAAUUUAUCGAUAACGAGGCAUUUGAAUGUAAUGAUUCUCGAACACCAUCACCAGAUGAGAAUGAAAUCAUUGAAGUCGGCGAAUCUAUUGAAUCAGAUUUUACUGAUGAAGGUGAACAAAGUGAAGACGAUUAUGAAAAAGAUAGUUUUGUUGUGUCUGAUGACCUUGGUGAUGAAAAUGAUUUACUAUCGGGUUCAGGCGACGAUUUAUCUGACGGUUCAAAAUCUGAUGAUUCCGAAAUAUUACUUUCACAAAACAAAGCAAGUAAACAAGCGUUCAAUAAAAAAUCGUACAAAAAAUCACGAAUAAUUCAUGUAAGUGAUGAUAGUAGCGACAGUAUUAGUUUCAAGGAAACUUCAUUGAAAGUUGUCAAUGAUGAUAAGAUUACUUCAAGCAAUGAAAUUAUCGAAAAUCAAUCUGUUGAAAACCAAUUAGAAAGCAACAAAGAUACAGAAAAUCAACAAGAAAGUAACAAAUCUGUCGAUAAUCAAGAAAGUAAUUUGUCAAAUGAAAGUUUAGAAGAAAGUUCAAUUGAAAAAUUGGAGAAUAGUUUAAAUGAAAUUAAUAAAUUACAUACGAUAAUUGAUAAUAUAACGGAAGUGAUUACUGAAAAUAUUUCGAAGAAGAAAAGAAGAAGUAGUUUGAGCUUAUCGAAAAUUACGAAUGAAAUAGCCGAAGUAAUUAAUGAAUCAAGUAGUCCAAAGAAGCAAAAAUUAAAUGAUACAUCUGAAUCUAUUCCUGAAACAAGUAAUUUAUCAGAUCAAAAACUAAAUAAAAGUUUAAACUCAUCUGCGAAUAUUGAGACUACAUCCAAAGUUAUUUCUAUAACAGAUAAAAGAUUAAAUUCACCUGCUGUUCCUGAUAAUACAUCCGAAAGUAUUUCACCAAAGAAAAAACGUAAAAAUAGUAUGAACUCAUCCGUUAUUUCUGAAAACAUACUGCAAGCCAUUACUAAAAUAGAAACAUCACCAAAUAAAAAAAAUAAAAGUUUAAGUUCUCUUGAAGUAUCUGAAACUAUACAAAAAAUCGAUAUUUCACCAAAAAAGAAAAACAAAAGUUUAAAUUCAUCUGCUAUAUCUGGUGAAAUAAAUGAAAUGUCUCAAGAAACCGACGUUACAUCAGAUAAAAAAUUAAACAAAAGCUUGUCUAAUGUACUCGAAGAAACCAACGAGAAUAACAACGAGUCUACGUCGGACACAAUGUCCUCGCGUGGUAAAGGAGAAGAUUUUGAAACAAAAAUUGAGACAGAUCGUAGCAAACGGUUUGAAUAUCUGUUAAAACAAACUGAAAUUUUCUCACAUUUUAUGACAAGUAAUCAACCGAAAACUUCACCUGGAUCAUCGAAACCAAAAGCUGGUCGACCGAAAAAAUUGAAAGAGGAUGGAACUCCUAACAAGCCACAAACGGAAAAAGAAAUUGCUGAUCAUCGUCAUCGAAAAACUGAACAAGAAGAAGAUGAAGAAUUAUUGGCUGAAACAAAUGCCAAACCUAAAGCAACUAUACGAUUUGAUGCCUCUCCGCAUUAUAUAAAAAAUGGUGAACUUCGAGAUUAUCAAGUACGCGGUUUAAAUUGGAUGAUUUCCUUAUACGAAAAUGGUAUUAAUGGAAUAUUAGCCGAUGAAAUGGGUCUGGGUAAAACCUUACAAACAAUCUCGUUGUUAGGUUUCAUGAAACAUUACAAAAGUAUACAUGGACCACAUAUUGUAAUUGUACCAAAAUCAACGUUAGCAAAUUGGAUGAAUGAAUUUAAAAAAUGGUGUCCAUCGUUAAGAGCUGUUUGCUUGAUUGGUGAUCAAGAAACACGUAGUGUUUUUAUUCGAGAUGUAAUGAUGCCUGGUGAAUGGGAUGUUUGUAUUACAUCCUAUGAAAUGGUUAUCAAAGAAAAAUCGGUUUUUAAGAAAUUUAACUGGCGUUAUAUGGUUAUUGACGAAGCGCAUCGUAUUAAAAACGAAAAAUCGAAGUUAUCCGAAAUUUUACGUGAAUUUAAAACAACAAAUCGCUUACUUCUAACAGGAACACCGUUACAAAAUAAUCUCCAUGAAUUAUGGUCUCUCUUAAACUUUUUACUCCCAGAUGUGUUUAACUCAUCGGAUGAUUUCGAUUCAUGGUUUAAUACUAAUCAAUUUUUGGGUGAUAACAGUUUAGUUGAACGUUUACAUGCCGUUUUACGUCCAUUCUUGUUGAGACGUUUAAAGAGUGAAGUCGAAAAACGUUUAAAACCUAAAAAAGAGGUUAAAGUUUACGUUGGGCUUAGUAAAAUGCAACGUGAAUGGUAUACGAAAGUUUUAAUGAAAGAUAUCGAUGUUGUAAAUGGUGCUGGUAAAAUUGAAAAAAUGCGCUUACAAAAUAUUCUUAUGCAACUUCGAAAAUGUACAAAUCAUCCAUAUUUAUUCGAUGGAGCUGAACCAGGUCCACCGUAUACAACCGACGAACAUUUAGUAUACAAUUGUGGUAAAAUGGUGAUCUUGGAUAAGUUGUUACCAAAAUUAAGAGAACAAGGUUCUCGUGUACUUAUUUUUAGUCAAAUGACACGUAUGUUAGAUAUUCUUGAAGAUUAUUGCCAUUGGCGACAAUUUAAAUAUUGUCGAUUGGAUGGUCAAACACCACAUGAAGAUCGUCAACGGCAAAUUAAUGAAUAUAACGAGGAUAAUAGUGAGAAAUUUAUUUUUAUGUUGUCCACACGAGCUGGUGGUUUGGGUAUUAAUUUAGCAACGGCUGAUGUUGUAAUUAUUUAUGAUUCGGAUUGGAAUCCACAAAUGGAUUUACAAGCUAUGGAUCGUGCUCAUCGUAUUGGACAAAAGAAACAAGUACGUGUAUUCCGAUUUAUUACGGAUAAUACCGUUGAAGAAAAAAUUGUUGAACGUGCUGAAGUUAAAUUACGUUUAGAUAAAUUAGUUAUACAACAAGGGCGAUUAGUUGAUGCGAAAAAUCAUUCGUUAAAUAAAGAUGAAAUGUUAAAUAUGAUUCGACAUGGUGCAAAUCAUGUAUUCGCUUCAAAGGACUCAGAAAUCACUGAUGAAGAUAUUGAUACGAUUCUACAAAAAGGUGAAGCUAAAACUGAAGAAAUGGCUAAGAAAUUAGAAACACUUGGUGAAUCAUCCUUACGUAAUUUUACUGUUGAUGCUCCAACCGAAUCAUCAACUAUAUAUCAAUUCGAAGGUGAAGAUUAUCGUGAAAAACAGAAGUUAAUUGGUCUUGGUAACUGGAUCGAACCACCCAAGCGAGAACGUAAAGCAAAUUAUGCGGUUGAUGCAUAUUUCCGUGAAGCGUUACGAGUAUCUGAACCAAAAGCACCAAAAGCUCCACGUCCACCUAAACAACCGAUUGUACAAGAUUUUCAAUUUUUCCCACCACGAUUAUUUGAGCUACUCGAUCAAGAAAUCUAUUAUUUCCGAAAAACAUUAGGUUAUAAGGUACCAAAAAAUCCAGAAUUAGGUUCCGAUGCAACAAAAGUUCAACGUGAAGAACAACGUAAAAUUGAUGAUGCUGAACCAUUAAGUGAUGCUCAAUUAGAGGAGAAAGAAAGUCUUUUAACACAAGGUUUUACAAAUUGGACAAAACGUGAUUUUAAUCAGUUUAUUAAAGCAAAUGAAAAAUAUGGACGUGAUGAUAUUGAAAAUAUUGCUAAAGAUGUUGAAGGUAAAACCGCUGAGGAAGUUAUGCAAUAUAGUGCUGUAUUCUGGGAACGAUGUCAUGAAUUACAAGAUAUUGAUAGGAUUAUGGCACAAAUUGAACGUGGUGAAGCUAAAAUUCAAAGAAGAGCAAGUAUUAAACGAGCUCUUGACGCAAAAAUGAGUAGAUAUCGAGCUCCAUUCCAUCAACUUAGAAUAUCAUACGGUACAAAUAAAGGAAAAAAUUAUAUUGAAGAAGAAGAUCGUUUCUUAGUUUGUAUGUUACACAAACUUGGUUUUGACAGAGAAAAUGUUUAUGAAGAGCUACGAGCAGCUGUUCGUUCCGCACCACAAUUCCGUUUUGAUUGGUUCUUAAAAUCACGUACCGCAAUGGAAUUACAACGUCGUUGUAAUACGUUAAUCACAUUAAUUGAACGUGAAAAUCAAGAAUUAGAGGAAAAAGAACGUGCUGAACGUAAGAAAAAGGCACCGAAAUCAUCAACGCCAGGUAAUGCAUCUGGUAAUAUACCAGGUAGUAUAAAACAAGCACCUAAACGUAAAAAUGAUAAUGGUGGAGGACCUGACAAGAAAAAGAAGAAAAAAUAAACUUGACUAGCUUUUAAUUUGUA